AUGUCCCAGCAAGACAGAGCAGUGCUGAAGAUGUGGGAUGAAGAGGUCACCAAACAGGAUGGACAUUUCCAGCUACCAAUUCCUUUCAGAGAAAGACCACCACUCUUUCCAAAUAAUAUGUGGGUGGCAGAGCAACGCUUGCAGUCUUUGACUAAGAGGUUGGAGAAAGAUGAGAAACUUUGCUCCAAAUACAAACAAGGCAUGGCAGAUCUUCUAGAGAAAGGAUAUGCCGAGGUAGUGAGUGAGGGGAAGACCGAUUCAUCUGUGUGGUAUCUGCCACACCAGCCGGUUGUAAGUCCUCAAAAGCCAGACAAAGUGCGAAUUGUUUUCGAUUGCGCUGCUACAUUCCAAGGAAAGAGUUUGAACGACAGGGUGCUACAAGGGCCGGACCUCACAAACAGCUUGGUAGGGGUCUUGCUGAGAUUUCGACAGCAUCCAGUGGCUCUAAUGGCAGACAUCGAAGCAAUGUUCAACCAAGUCAGAGUGCCACCAGAAGAGAGAGAUGCUUUAAGAUUUUUGUGGUGGCAAGACGAAGAGCUCCAAGAAAAGCUUGUGCUGCGGAUGUGUGUCCACCUGUUCGGAGGAACAUGGAGCCCUAGCUGCUGUUCAUUUGCUUUACGGCAGACGGCAGAGAACAUCCACGAAGAUGACAAAACUGAAGCAGUCAGGACUAUCCGGAGGAACUUCUAUGUAGAUGACUGCUUAGUAUCUGUAGAGAACGAAGACGUUGCAGCAAAACUGUCAUCAGACCUCAUGAAUCUGCUGAAGAGUGGCGGUUUUAGACUGACAAAAUGGCUAUCCAACAAGCCAUCAGUAUUGAUGUCAAUACCAGAGGAUAAAAGGGCAAAGAAGGUAAAGGAUUUGGACCUGACUCUGGAUGCCUUACCUGUUGAGAGGGCUCUGGGGAUGACAUGGGAUGUCCAGGAAGAUAGCUUUGUCUACAGCUUCGUCAAGAAAGACAAACCGCCUACCAGACGAGGAGUACUGAGUGUCAUAUCCUCUGUGUUUGAUCCUCUUGGGUAUGCCAGCCCAUUUGUAAUUCGAGGAAAGAUGAUAUUCCAGGAACUGACAAGACAGAAACUUGAAUGGGAUGACAUGAUUCCAGUAGCUCAGCUGGGAAUGUGGAAACAGUGGCAGCAAGAACUCUCCCAGAUGUCAACAUUCCAUGUGAAGAGAUGCUUGAAACCAGUGGGCAUGGAGAAAGUGGACUCGUAUGAGCUCCAUAACUUUGCUGACGCCUCAGAAAAGGCGUAUGGCGCAGUUUCCUACCUGGUAGCAAAGGACAGUGGGCAAGCUCAUAGUGCGUUGGUCAUGGCAAAGUCACAUCUUGCCCCAUUGAAAAGAAUGACAAUCCCAAGACUUGAGUUGAUGGCAGCGACGCUAGCAGUGAAGCAUGAUGCCAUGCUGAGGAGAGAGUUAGAGUUCUCCAUAGACAGGUCUGUCUUUUGGACGGACAGUACCAUAGUCCUGGGCUACAUAAAAGCAGUGGACAAGCGGUUCAAGACAUUUGUAGCUAACCGGAUUUCAACAAUCCAUGAUGGCUCAACUCCGGAGCAAUGGAGACAUGUGAACACAAGCACUAACCCAGCAGAUGACCUGACCCAAGGUUUGACAGUAGACCAGCUCGCUACUAGUCGCAGAUGGGUAAAGGGACCCAGCUUUCUUACACAGCCAGAAGCAUGCUGGCCAAGAGGUUCAUCAGCAACGGAACCUGUGGAUGAAAAUGAUCUAGAAGUUAAGCAGUCUGGGAAGGCGGCACACAACUUUGCAGCCCAACCAGACAGACGAAACAGGAAAGACUGA